CAUGGAGGGUGCAGAAGAGAAGAAAAAGAAGGUUCCUGCUGUGCCAGAAACCCUUAAGAAGAAGCGAAGGAAUUUCGCAGAGUUGAAGAUCAAGCGUCUGAGGAAGAAGUUUGCUCAGAAGAUGCUUCAAAAGGCAAGAAGGAAGCUUAUCUGUGAAAAAGCUAAGCAUUACCACAAGGAAUGUAGGCAGAUGUACAGCACUGAGAGCCGAAUGGCGAGGAUGGCAAGAAAAGCUGGCAACGUCUAUGUACCUGCGGAACCCAAAUUGGCAUUUGUCAUCAGGAUCCAAGGUAUCAGUGGUGUGAACCCAAAGGUUCGAAAGGUGUUGCAGCUUCCUCGCCUUCGCCAGAUCUUCAGUGGCACCUUCGUUAAGCUCGACAAGACUUCAGUUAACAGACUAAGGAUUGUGGAACCGUAUAUAGCUUGGGGGUACCCAGACCUGAAGUUGGUGAAUGAACUGAUCUACAAGCGUGGUUAUGGCAAAAUCAAUAAGAAGGGAAUUGCCCUGACAGAUAACACAUUGAUUGCCCGAUCUCUUGGUGAAUAUGGCAUCAUCUGCAUGGAGGAUCUGAUUCACGCGAUCUAUACUGUUGGAAAACGUUUCAAAGAAGCAAAAAACUUUUUAUGGCCCUCAAAUUAUCUUCUCCACGAGGGGGAAUGA